AUGAUUGCAAAUGGGGAAUGGUCAUUCACGAAAGAUGCUUUACAUACGUUCUUAGCUUCUGGUAUUGUUUUAGAAGACCUGCCAGUUCCGAUGGGUGGGGAAGAUUACAAGGUUUGGACACCGCAUAACAAAGGGCAGUUCUCUGUUUCUUCGGCCAAAGAGAUUAUUCGCAAGAGACAGCCUAUCUUGGAGGGUGCAAAAUUGUUAUGGAGGCCUGCUAUUCAUCCUUCUCUUGCUGCUAGAAAUUGUAAAUUACUUCGUGGUGCUUGUGCAACGCUUGACAAGGCGUGGUUGUGGAUUGCAGAUGUUUUUGGUAUUUUCCCUCACCAAAAUCUCACUACAGCUUAUAAAGAAGCAAAGGGUAAAAGUCGUAUGUUCAAGGAUUUAUGGUUGUUGGCUAUUUUGGUUGUUAGAUCAGAAUUGUGGAUGACAAGGAAUGGUAUGGUAAUCAAAAGCCAAGAUGAUUUGCGUGUUCUUGCUUACUUUAGAGUGCAAUAUAGAAGAGUGAAGAUUUCAGAUCCUAAGGAGUGCUAUUGGGUUCCUCCGGAGGUUGAUGAAUUGCAAUUAUGUUGUGAUGGUGCUUCUAGAGGGAACCCGGGUAGAGCUUGUGCAGGUGUGGUGGUUCGUGAUUCUGAACCUAAUGUAUUAGAAGCUAUGAGUGUUGGUUUUUGGGUUCGUACGAAUUAUUUGGCAGAACUCUUUUGUAUUAUAGUGGCCUUAGAAUGGGCGAAUAAAUUUGGGGUUGGGGAUAUUUGUAUUCGUACAGAUUCAAUGGGAGCAGAUCAGGCCUAUAGUAGUGAUACUUUGGCAAUUCUGUGGUAG